AUGAGGCGAAAGAGAGAGAGCGAGAGAGAGGGGGAUGAAAGAGAAGACAGCUUACCUUAUGUGAUGCAGUAUAACUGGAGUAUUUAAACAAGCACCAGCGUCUCAUAUAAAUUAAACUGCACAUGAGUUUAUGGACAAGAAGCUUCAUCUCAUCAUCAUUAUAAACAUGAAGUAUGAGAUACAUUAUUCAUUUCUCCUUCUGCUGUGGAUUACACACAACACAUCAGGAGUCUCUGGAGAUAUUCCACCGGCAAUCGUGAAACUUUGGUCUUCAGCAUUUGGUGGAGAAAUCAAAUCCAUCGCAGUCAAAUAUUCUGGCUCUCAACUACUACAAAAGAAAUAUAAAGAACUUGAGCAGUCACUGAGAGUGGAAGAGAUUAAUGGACUCAGGCUUGUGAAGAGCCUCGCUGAGAACAUGGAACAGAUGUUCAACAAGAAGUCCCAGGCUAUAAAGCGAUUGGUGGAGGCAGCAGAAGAUGCUCACCUGAAUCAUGAGGAGGAUCCUGAGCUACAGUAUGAAUACUUCAACGCCGUAUUGAUCAAUGAGUUUGAUGAGGAGGGCAGGAGUGUGGAUUUGGGUGGAGAAUUUCUCCUUCAGCCCAGUGAACAUUUCAAUAAUCUGUCUGUCAACCUCAGCCUCAGUGUUGUCCAGGUGCCCACCAACAUGUACAACAAAGACUCAGCGAUAGUAAAUGGGGUGUACUGGUCAGAGGCGCUUAAUAAAGUGUUUGUGGACAACUUUCAGCAAGACCCAUCUCUUAUAUGGCAGUACUUUGGAAGUGCAAAAGGCUUCUUCAGACAGUAUCCAGGUAUAAAAUGGACACCAGAUGAACAUGGGGUUAUAGAAUUUGACUGUCGAAAUCGGAAAUGGUAUAUCCAGGCAGCUACAUCGCCUAAAGACGUGGUGAUUUUGGUGGAUGUAAGUGGCAGUAUGAAGGGGUUGAGAUUGACUAUUGCCAGACAGACUGUCUCCUCUAUAUUGGAUACACUUGGAGAUGAUGACUUCAUUAACAUUAUUGCUUAUAAUGAAGAGCUGCAGUAUGUGGAACCCUGUUUAAAUGGAACGCUAGUUCAAGCUGACAUCGGUAACAAAAAUCAUCUGCGUGGACGUCUGGAAAAGCUGUUUGCUAAAGGUAUAGGCCUGCUGGAUGUGGCACUGACAGAGGCCUUUGAACUUCUCAGCAAUUUCAAUGAGACAGGCCGGGGCAGUGGAUGCAGUCAAGCCAUUAUGUUAGUGACGGAUGGAGCUGUGGACACAUAUGAUUUUGUCUUUGACAAAUACAACUGGCCAGACAGAAAGGUGCGUAUAUUCCCUUAUCUGAUUGGUCGGGAGUCUGCAUUUGCUGAUAACCUGAAAUGGAUGGCCUGCGCUAACAAAGGUUAUUUUACUCAGAUCUCUACACUGGCAGACGUGCAGGAGAAUGUGAUGGAGUAUCUGCACGUGCUCAGUCGACCAAAAGUCAUUGAUCAAGAACAUGAUAUGGUGUGGACAGAGGCUUACAUCGACAGCACACUGCAGGGUGGUCAGGGUCCUGUUCUCACGACGACUGUGGCCAUGCCUGUUUUCAGCACCAAAAAUGAGACUAGAAACAAGGGCAUUCUUCUUGGAGUGGUGGGCACAGAUGUGCCAGUGUCUGAGAUAUUGAAGGCCAUACCAAAAUACAAGCUGGGAAUCCAUGGUUACGCAUUUGCCAUCACCAACAAUGGAUACAUACUAACCCAUCCGGACUUGCAGCCCCUGUUUAAAGAUGGGAAGAAAAAGAGGAAAUCCAGCUACAGCAGUGUGGAUCUGUCCGAGGUGGAGUGGGAAGAUAAAGAGGAUGUGUUGCGUAAUGCCAUGGUGAACAGGGAGACUGGAAGCUUCUCUAUGGAAGUGAAAAAGAUUAUGGAUAAAGGGAAACGUGUGCUUGUUUUACACAAUGACUACUACUACACAGACAUUAAAGGAACUCCCUUCAGCUUAGGGGUGGCUCUGUCCAGAGGUCAUGGCAAAUAUUUCUUUAGGGGAAAUAUUUCUGUUGAAGAAGGUCUACAUGAUUUGGAGCAUCCAGAUAUUGCAUUAGCCGAAGAAUGGAUGUAUUGUAACACAGCUGAACAUCCAGACCAUCAUUUCCUGUCUGAGAUUGAGGCCAUAAAGCUCUAUUUUAAUGGAGAAUCACAUAUCAAAUGUGAUAAGGAUCUGGUUGAGGAGGUUCUGUUUGAUGCUAUGGUCACUGCUCCACUUGAGGCUUACUGGACCAGCCUUGCUCUCAAUAAAUCUGAAAACUCUGAUAAAGGGGUGGAGAUAGCUUACCUUGGCACUCGAACCGGCCUAUCGCGUAUCAACCUUUUUGUGAUGCCAGAUCAACUGUCCAAUCAAGACUUGCUGACAGGAGAAGAUAAAGAGUUGGUGUUCAGCGCCGAUCAUUUUCCGCUGUGGUAUAAACGGGCAGCUGAACAAGUGCCUGGAACCUUCGUCUAUUCUCUUCCUUAUAAUGCAGGUUCAGAGAAUGACAGCGUGCUGUUAGCCAGCAGUGCCAUUCAUCUGUUUGAUGAGAGAGAGUCACCCAUUGCUGCAGCUGUAGGAAUUCAGAUGAAAAUGGAGUUCUUUCAGAGGAAGUUCUGGACGGCCAGCAGACAGUGUGCAUCACUGGAUGGGAAAUGUGCCAUCAGCUGUGACAAUGAUGAUAUCAGCUGUUAUUUAAUAGACAACAAUGGAUUUAUUAUCAUUGCCGAAGAUUCGUCUUUGACAGGUGUGUUCUUUGGGGAAGCUGAGGGUGCUGUGAUGAGCAAACUUGUUGCAAUGGGUUCAUUUAAGAGGGUUAACAUGUAUGACUAUCAGGCCACAUGUAGAGUGUACAGUGAGAGCAGUGACACAGCGCACAGACUUAUACAUCCAUUCCUCGCUCUUGUCACGACCGUCCAGAAGCUGCUGGUGGAGUUUGUCAUAUUUUUUAUUGAAUUCAACCUGUACAGCUGGUGGUAUUCUGACGUCACUGCUAAAGCUCAAAGAGGAAUCAGAACUAUGUGGGUUCCCUGUGAUACAGAAUAUCCAGCAUUUGUGUCUGAGCGCACCAUUAAAGAAACAGUGGGGAACAUUGAGUGUGAAGACUGCAUAAAAUCUUUUGUUAUCCAGCAGAUUCCCAGCAGUAAUCUUUUCAUGGUGGUCAUAGACAAUGAAUGUGACUGCAGUGAAUUUGGAGACGUCACUCUGAAGCCCAUUGAGAUGAUGUAUAAUGAGUCUCUAAAGUGUGAACGACUGAAGUUUCAGAAAGACAGACGGCGACCGGACACGUGCCACCCGUUCCACCCUGAGGAGAACUCAAUGGAAUGUGGAGGUUCCCAGACUGUGAUUCCAUCACUGACGACUACAUUUCUUUCCCUGAUAGUCUCCAUCUUCAGCAGGUGACAGGAGCUCUACGUGUACCUCGACUCUGUGUGGACUGAGAUUUGUUUAUUAUUUCUGUACACUAAAAAACACAUAGAAAGCACCUGGUAAUAGACAGACAUAUUAACUUGUUUCAAUCUUCUUUUUAGUGACAUUAAGAUUUAACUUAUAGUUAGAGAAUACGUUUAAGGAAGAUUAUGAAAUGAGUGUGUUUUAGUUAUAACUUCCAAAAUAUAACAGCCUUUAAUAUGUAUUUUUAUUUUA